AGAAAAGCUUCUAAAUUUGUAGAAGGCAAAGGUUAUGACCUCUUUUUCCCUCUAUCAAGUUGAUUGCUUUUGUUCACAAUUCCAGCAUCCAUUUCAUUGUCUACCUGUUCGUGGGCAGCAAAGAAAGGUAUCUUUAGUGAAAGGAUUUUAGUCUCUCUGGCAUCUUCCAUCCAAUUGCAAGGAGCUCCAGAUGUUUUCCUGAUUGGCUCCUGUCAUGUAUGUCUCCACUUGACUAGCACCUCCCUGAAGAUCACCUAAUAUGAAGUAGUUGCUGCCAGUUACGAUCACACCCACCUGUUUUAUUUUCAUUGUAGCUUUUGUCCCUGUCUGAUACUGUCUUAUUUUCCUAUUUAAUCUGUGUCUCUCUUUUCCAUGGAAGCUCCAUGAGGGUAGAUUGGUGCCUUAUGCAGCUUGUUAUCUCUGAAUUCUCAAACAGUGCUUAACGCCCGGUUGGCAUCAUUAGAUACUUGAAUGAAUGGAUUCCUAACCGUCUGUUGCUUGGGGAUACCAACACUGCUACAGAUAACUGAUUCGUCCGUGUUGAGAAAUUUUUAGUUCUCACAUGUAGGCAGAUUAAUCAGAAUUUAAAACUAAGUUUUAAAACAAAAAAACAAUUUGGAAAUGUGAGAAACGUGUACAAGAGAAAUACUUGUAGCAUUCAUGCCAUCAGAAGCACUGUACUGGAAGGACAGUUCUUCUCUGACACGGAUACUCUUUACUGUUAUCACUGGAAAAUCCUUGCAUAUUUUUGUCGGUUUGCUCAGGAACUGGAAACAUCUGUGCAGAUAAAGAACAUUGUUCAUUUUAAAAUAAAGAGUUGCAAUAACUCUUGAGGUUGGGAGUGGGAGAGAAAAUGCCCUACGCAUUGCCAUCGAGUUGAUUCCGGCUCAUAGCGACCUUGUGGGACAGAGUAUAACUGCCCCAUUAGUCUGAAGAAAGUUAGGGGAGGCCCCUGUCCCUUGUAAAAACAAACAAACAAACAAACAAACAAACAAACAAACAAACAAACGGUUUCCUUAGCUCUUCAACAGUCUUACUCAAGCGAAGCUUCCUAGAAAGUUCUCAAUUUGCGUCAUUUUUUAAAAUAGGUAGACUCUGGAAGCAAUAAAGCCCCCAGAGUGUCUGGCUCUUCCUAGUUUAAGUUCACCCUGGUCUCGAAAGUUGCGGCUACAGGACAGGCUUUGGCUGUUUUCUAGAACGUCCUUCCCAUCCCUUUAAAGGUGGGGUUCAUGACGGAGGACGCGGGGGAAGAAGGCGGGAGCGGAGGGCUGGAGAGUCUCGGUUGACAUAGUAACUCUUCAGCUCUGUCUCCCUCUCAGGCUCCGUUGUCACCAGCGGCCCCGCCUGUGCUCUCGGUCGGGAGCGGUGGCCGCCUCCUUGCUGGGUCCCCUCGUCUGUACGCACUCAGGUUAAAGCUCCGGUUCUGGCCCCCGAAGUGGUGGUUUCUUACCGGCCAGCGGUGGAGCCACUCGCGGAGCCCAGCCCGCCAGCGUCCCCACCCCCUGCCUGCAGCUCGUCCCCUGGGCAUUCGCCUGCCCCAGGCCCGUCCGCCCGGUGAGAAGACCCUCCGCGCCGGGCCCCGCGCUGGAUCCCCGCUCGAACUGCGGAGGCUCCUCCCCCGAGAGCGGAACCCAGGCCAGUGCCGCGUUCCCACCAUGAGCCAGAGCCUGGCGUUCGGGCCCCGGAGGGGCACCUCUCUCCCGGCCGCGGCCGGGGCCGGGGCGCGGCGCAACGAAAGCCAGGACUAUCUGCUCAUGGACUCGGAGCUGGGAGACGACGGCUGUGCGCAGUUUCCCUACGGCUACUACCCCUGCUUCCGGGGCACUGACAACAGACUGGCUCACCGGCGGCAGACAAUUCUCCGUGAGAAGGGGAGAAGGUUAGCAAAUCGAGGGCCAGCCUACAUGUUUAGUGAUCGCUCAACAAGCCUAUCUAUUGAGGAGGAACGCUUUUUAGAUGCAGCCGAAUAUGGCAACGUUCCAGUGGUGCGGAAGAUGUUGGAAGAAUGCCUUUCGCUCAACGUUAACUGUGUGGAUUACAUGGGCCAGAAUGCCCUGCAGUUGGCAGUGGCCAAUGAGCAUCUGGAAAUUACAGAACUUCUUCUCAAGAAAGAAAAUCUGUCUCGAGUUGGGGAUGCCUUGCUUCUAGCCAUUAGUAAAGGUUAUGUUCGCAUUGUGGAAGCAAUUCUUGGUCAUCCAGCUUUUGCUGAAGGCAAGAGGCUAGCCACCAGCCCCAGUCAGUCUGAACUCCAGCAGGAUGAUUUUUAUGCUUAUGAUGAAGAUGGGACACGGUUCUCCCAUGAUGUUACUCCAAUCAUCCUGGCUGCCCACUGCCAGGAAUAUGAAAUUGUGCACACCCUCCUGCGGAAGGGUGCUCGGAUUGAACGGCCUCAUGAUUAUUUCUGCAAGUGCGGUGAAUGCAACCAGAAACAGAAGCAUGACUCCUUUAGCCACUCAAGAUCUAGGAUUAAUGCCUAUAAAGGCUUGGCAAGUCCUGCUUACCUGUCACUGUCCAGUGAAGAUCCAGUCAUGACAGCCUUAGUACUUAGCAAUGAGCUGGCAGUGUUGGCCAACAUUGAGAAAGAGUUCAAGAAUGACUACAAAAAACUGUCAAUGCAGUGCAAAGAUUUUGUUGUUGGACUUCUUGAUCUGUGCAGAAAUACUGAAGAAGUAGAGGCCAUUCUGAAUGGGGAUGUUGAGAUGCGCCAUAAUGGUGGAGAUCACGGCCGUCCAAACCUCAGCCGUUUAAAACUUGCCAUUAAAUAUGAAGUAAAAAAAUUUGUUGCUCAUCCAAACUGCCAACAGCAGCUUCUGUCCAUCUGGUAUGAGAAUCUUUCUGGUUUACGGCAGCAGACCAUGGCAGUCAAGUUUCUUGUGGUCCUCGCUGUUGCCAUCGGACUGCCCUUCCUGGCUCUCAUCUACUGGUUUGCCCCAUGCAGCAAGAUGGGGAAGAUAAUGCGUGGUCCAUUCAUGAAGUUUGUAGCACACGCCGCCUCCUUCACCAUUUUUCUGGGACUGCUAGUCAUGAAUGCAGCUGACAGAUUUGAAGGCACCAAACUCCUGCCUAAUGAAACCAGCACAGAUAAUGCAAAACAGCUGUUUAGAAUGAAAACAUCCUGCUUCUCAUGGAUGGAGAUGCUCAUUAUAUCCUGGGUAAUAGGAAUGAUAUGGGCUGAAUGUAAAGAAAUUUGGACUCAAGGCCCCAAAGAAUACUUGUUUGAGUUGUGGAAUAUGCUUGAUUUUGGCAUGUUAGCAAUCUUUGCAGCAUCAUUCAUUGCGAGAUUCAUGGCAUUUUGGCAUGCUUCCAAAGCCCAGAGCAUCAUUGAUGCAAAUGAUACUUUGAAGGACUUGACCAAAGUUACAUUGGGAGACAAUGUGAAAUACUACAAUUUGGCUAGGAUAAAGUGGGACCCCUCGGAUCCUCAAAUUAUAUCUGAAGGUCUUUAUGCAAUUGCUGUGGUCUUAAGUUUCUCCAGAAUAGCUUAUAUUUUGCCAGCAAAUGAAAGCUUUGGACCUCUACAGAUAUCACUUGGAAGAACAGUGAAAGACAUCUUUAAGUUCAUGGUCAUAUUUAUCAUGGUGUUUGUGGCCUUUAUGAUUGGAAUGUUCAACCUGUAUUCCUACUACCGUGGUGCAAAACAAAAUGAAGCCUUCACAACAGUUGAGGAGAGUUUUAAGACACUGUUCUGGGCUAUAUUUGGACUUUCUGAAGUGAAAUCAGUGGUCAUCAACUAUAAUCACAAAUUCAUUGAAAACAUCGGUUAUGUUCUUUAUGGAGUCUAUAAUGUUACGAUGGUCAUUGUUUUGUUAAAUAUGUUAAUUGCUAUGAUCAACAGUUCAUUCCAGGAGAUUGAGGAUGACGCUGACGUGGAGUGGAAAUUUGCAAGGGCCAAACUUUGGUUUUCCUACUUUGAGGAGGGAAGAACUCUACCUGUUCCCUUCAACCUGGUGCCAAGUCCAAAGUCCCUGUUCUAUCUCUUACUGAAGCUUAAAAAAUGGAUUUCUGAACUGUUCCAGGGCCAUAAAAAAGGUUUCCAGGAAGAUGCAGAGAUGAACAAGAGAAAUGAAGAGAAGAAAUUUGGAAUUUUAGGAAGUCACGAAGACCUUUCAAAAUUAUCACUUGAUAAAAAACAGCUUGAACACAGUAAGCAAUCUAGUAUAAGGAGCUCGGAAGAUUUCCAUUUAAAUAGUUUCAAUAAUCCUCCAAGACAAUAUCAGAAAAUAAUGAAGAGGCUGAUUAAAAGAUACGUACUGAAAGCCCAGAUAGAUAAGGAGAGCGACGAAGUGAAUGAAGGAGAACUGAAGGAAAUUAAACAGGACAUCUCAAGUCUGCGGUAUGAACUCCUUGAAGAAAAAUCUCAGAAUACAGAAGACUUAGCAGAACUUAUUAGAAAACUUGGGGAGAAAUUAUCAAUGGAGCCAAAUCAAGAAGAAAACAACAGAUAAUGCAAAGACUUGCUUAGAAAUUCAUAUUUAUUUGUCCACUUGAAGCCAUAUUAUUUUCAGAUUUAUUUUUUUAAGUGCCAAUCUGCCCUCCAUUUAAACAAGAAAAAGUUGAGAUAACUUGGGUCAUUCUAUCAAAGUGAACCCUGAUAUUUAAUAUUUUUGGUGAUUAAAUUUCAUUGUUCAGGUGGAAGUUUGCAGAUUGUGAUGAGAAUUAUGACCACUCAUUUGGUGCUUGUUUUAUAAGCUGCUUUCUUGGGUGUAACUGUUGUGAUGAUGUGAUGGCUGCCUAGUGCAGGCCUGGGAAUCUUCUCUGCUGGUAGGGGGCAGACCCAAUGCUCCCUGCCUGGUACUUCUCCUGAAAGUGAUUUUGGGCACGUUCUGGUCUGCUCCAUGGGUCUGCUGCUGGUGACUCCCAUCCCUGCUAGGGAAAAAAUAACCUAUGACUAUUCAGAAAAUGUGAUUUAAUCAUUGCCUUUCCCUCUUAGCCCCCAAAUAAUAUGAUUCUUCUGUGCAAAAAAUGGGCUUAAAUUUUUCCUAAAUUUUCUGAUUCACCCCUUUGAAAACAUUACACUGAACACUGAAAAAGUAUUUCCUCCACUUAACCCUGGAAAUUUGGUACAAUUGUGGGUAUGUGUGCUUCUGCGCAUGCACAUACGUGCACGUGUGCAUGAAAUGUUUGCCUGUAAUGUUUCAGUAAGGUGUAUACUUGAAAGCUCUUUGUUAAAAGUACUGGACAAAUAAGAGGGCUUUAUUGGAGAACUAUCAAAGCCACACACACACACACACAAAAAAAAAAAAAAAAAACGUGGUUAUUUGGUCCAAUCAUAGCACAAUUUUUUCUAUUUGGGCCUUGGCAGAUGUAUUCUCUCAUGUGACUAUUGACUGUAAAGCGGAAAAAGUAAAAAUAUGGGAACUUGCAAUAAUCAUCUCUCUCUCACAGUAUGGUCUAACCUCACCCCCAAAGUAUACAAAGUAGGAAUUUGCAUUCAUGAGCAUUCAUCAAGAGGGUGUUAUUAUUUUCUGAUGAUGUGAGACAAUAUCUGAAACAUCUAAAAGAGAGACAUGAAGGUUCAUCUGUUCGACUGCCCAAAGACUUCCGGCAUUUAGUUGAUGCUGGAUGUUACCUGAAAGUGCUGCUUUAAAUUCAACAAAGAGAGGCUUGAAAUGCAAAAUUUUAGCUUCAUUUUAAAGAUCAAAUGGUCACAGAAAAUCUUUUUAGCACCAAUUUGACUUAGUUUAAAUCAAAGAACCUUUAUAUAACCAGAUCAGAAACUAUGGCUGAAAGUUUUUAUUCAGCGAUUUUGUACUUGUGGUUAUUCUUAUUGAGAAGUUACUUAGUGUUGCAGGAAAGGUUCGUUUUCAAAUGUUUUGUGACAGUAUUUGAAUCAGAAUUUGUAAAAAUCAUCCUCAUACCAAAUGCACUUUCAGAAAAUUAAAAUAGCCUAACAUUCACAAAAUCUGUGUCCUGUGCUAUGCAAGAGCAUUGCCUGCAUCCCGAGGACUAUUCUAUGACAGCACAUGGACUUGAUUGAGAAGACUCUAUAAAAGGUAUUCAGAUCCCUGGGUGUCUUUUAAGUUGGUUUGACUUGACAAGUUAUGAAGUUCAGGGAAAUGUCAAGGCAUGACCAGGAGUUCUUCAGUAAAGGGCACUACCCUACAAGAUAUCUGUUAUUGUUCAAAACCAAUUGUCCUGAAGUCAAUAAAUUUUCCUCAAAGUCCAGCUGAGAUGGCAUCUCCCAAUCUCACUUUAACUGGAAGAUGAAAGAGGAUCCAUCAUAUUUGAAGGAAGGUUUUUAAAAUUCCAUCAAGCAUUUAAUAAAACACAUUGUCAAAGGAUGGUCAUAAGCAUGAUAA